GUACAAUUCACGGCGCGCCCUAUGAUCGACCGACCACGGGAACUAAUGUCCGACUCGAAACCGUCACAAUCUCACCUGGACACCACCGCCCUCCACCGCGCCGCUCUCUGCUCCCUCUCCCUUCCGCCCCAACCGCCGCCCAAUGACCCCGUCACCCCUCCGCCUGCCGCCUUACCCCACAAUAAACUCAUCCCCAGGACCCGCUUCGUAGUCGACGGCUUCAAACACGCCGACUCUAAAUUUUCCGUCUCCUAUUUCCUCUCCCACUUCCACUCCGACCACUACACCGGCCUUACCCCGCAGUGGGCCAAGGGCAUCAUCUAUUGCUCAUCCGUAACUGCUAAUCUCCUUAAGGAAAUCCUCAAAAUUCCUCAGCCGUUGAUUUAUCCCUUGCCUCUCUCCCAGCCCAUGCUGAUCGAUGGCUCGGAGGUUUGGCUCGUGGACGCUAAUCAUUGCCCAGGCGCAGUUCAGUUCUUGUUCAAGGUCCCCGUAGAUAGUGAAGCCGUUGUGGGGUUCGAGAAGUAUGUGCAUACUGGCGACUUCAGGUAUUGUGCUGAAAUGAAGAAUGAAGCUGCAAUUUCUCAUUUUAUCGGUGCUGAUGCUUUGUUUCUAGAUACGACUUAUUGUAAUCCCAAGUUUAUGUUUCCGAGUCAGGAGGAGUCAAUAGAUUACAUUGUUAGUGUGAUUGAGAAAUUGGGGGUUCAGAACGAGGGUGAGGAUGGUAAGAAUGUGUUGUUUCUAGUUGCUACUUAUGUCAUUGGUAAGGAGAAGAUUUUGAUGGAGAUUUCUCGACGGUGUAAGAGGAAGAUUCAUGUAAGCAGCAAAAAGAUGGCCGUUUUGCAUGCUUCGGGUUUGGUAGAAAGUGGGGUGUUUACGGAGGAUGAGUCGGAGAGUGAUGUUCAUGUUGUUGGUUGGAAAGUGUUGGGUGAGACUUGGCCCUACUUCAGACCGAAUUUCGUGAAGAUGCAAGAGGUUAUGAGCGAAAGAGGUUAUUCGAAGGUUGUGGGAUUUGUCCCCACUGGAUGGACAUACGAAGUGAAGCACAAUAAGUUUGCUGUGAGGACCAAAGAUUCAUUUGACAUUCAUCUUGUUCCUUACAGCGAACAUUCGAACUAUGAUGAGCUUAGGGAGUACGUGAGGUUUUUGAAGCCAAAGCGUGUUAUCCCUACAGUUGGUGCUGAUGUCGAGAAAAUUGAUAGCAAACAUGCCAAUGCAAUGCAGAAGCAUUUUGCUGGAUUGGUGGAUGAACUGGCUGUUAAGAAAGAAUUCUUGAUGGGUUUUCUUCGUGGUGGAAUUGGGGCAAUUGAUGUGGGAGAAAAGGAUUCUUCUCUUGUCUCGGACAAAAUUACAGAUAAAGAGGCUGAGGACACUUUUUCUGCAUCAAAUUGUGAGUGUGAUGUUGAACUGGAGAAAGAGAGGAAACUGUCAUGUCCUCAAGAGGAACCCUCUUCACGGGAUUCAGAAGACUUGAACAAAAAUGAUUUGGAGAAAUCUGUAAAGGAACUGCAAGACUGUUUGCCCAGUUGGGUCACCCUAUGCCAGAUGUUAGAGCUACUUAGCAGUUCUGGUGGAAAUGUAGUCGAGGCAGUUUCUAAUUUUUAUGAACAUGAAACGGAGUUUCAUGAACGGGUUGUUCCCAGUACAUCUAUCCCCUUCAGUUCCCAAGAAACUUCAGAAAACCACCCACCUUUGGCUUUUGAAUCCCGUCCAGUUGCGAGCAUAAACCAGCCCACGUGUGUUUCUCUCAGUCAAAGCUUCAAAUUGUCUAAUUGUAGUAAUAAGAGUGGGAAAUCUCCAGUGAAAAGGAAGGGAAUUUCUGGUGGCAAGGGAACGAAGAAAGCAAGAGCAGAUUUAACACAGAUUGGUUCAAAGCAGCAUCCUAUAACUAAGUUCUUUAACAAAAAAAUGCAGGUCAUUUCUGAAGAUUGUGAAGUUGAAGUUAAAUUGAAUAAUUUUCGUGAUGAGCAAAGCAAGUUCCAUACUGAAGCUAUAAACUUGUACAAGGAUGAGGUAGACCAGUUUAUUCAAAUCGUAGACGGUGGUGAAUCAUUAAGAAGCUAUGCCACCAGCAUUCUUGAGAAGACCAAGGGAGACAUUAAUAUGGCUCUGGAUACAUAUUAUAAUGAUCGUUCUGGUAAAUCUGACAGCAAUUUGUCGGACAGUGAUAAAUUAGAUUCUGCAUGUACCAGUGGAACUUGUUCUCUGGACAGAGAUGCUGAACAACUUAAGAGCAAUAAACUUGAGAUCAAGUCUGAUAUUUCCUUCCCUGCUUCAAGACAUGACGAACCCUCUGCAAAUUUUAUAUCACUUCCUCCCGAAAGAUAUUUCCCUAUUGAGCAUGCUUGCUGGAGGAAAGGGCAGCUUGCUCCUUACAUCCAUAUAGCGCGCACUUUAGAUUUAGUUGAAGGAGAAAAGGGAAAGCUAAAGGCUAUAUCAAUGCUGUGCAAUAUGUUUAGGAGUUUGUUGGUUCUUUCACCUGAGGAUGUACUACCUACUGUGUAUUUGUGUACGAAUAAAAUUACCCCUGAGCAUGAAAAUGUGGAACUGAAUAUUGGUGGUAGCAUAAUUGAGGCUGCCCUGGAAGAGGCUUGUGGAGCCAAUAGAUCUAAAAUAAGGAAUCUUUAUAAUACCCUGGGUGAUCUUGGAGACGUUGCUCUUCAUUGCCGGCAAAGGCAAUCACUGCUUGCUCCUCCAACAGCCCUUACAAUUCGAGAAGUCUAUUCUGUUCUACGGAAGAUAAGUAUACAAACUGGUAGUGGCAGUACGACCAGGAAGAAAAGCCUCAUUGUCAAUCUCUUGUGUUCAUGUAGAGAGAAGGAGAUGAAAUUUAUUGUCCGAACUUUGAUAUAUUCUAUGGUUGAAGUUUUUCCUGAAUGCUGUGAGUUUGAUUCUUGGUUGAACAAUAAUACACAUUCUCUGCAUUCUUCUUUUUCGAGUGAUGAAUUGUCCAUUGCAAAUGGAGCUGGAAGAGUCAUUGUUGACAAUUCUCCUGGCAUAGUUAGAAACUUAAGAAUUGGAGCUAUGAUGAGAACAAUUCUUCCUGCGUUAGCUCAAGCCAUUGUGAUGAACACAGUUGGACUAGCUGGGAACUCAAAGGAUCAUGUUCAGGAUUUACUUAUCCCUUGUUUGAUGGAAAAAGGGAUCGAUUUUUCGUCAUCAACCAUAUCAAUGGUUCCUGGGGUACCAAUCAAACCAAUGCUGGCUAAAAUUACUAAUGGAGCUCCUCAGGUGCUGAAGAUCUUCAAAGAUAGGUCAUUUACAUGUGAAUAUAAAUAUGAUGGCCAACGUGCUCAGAUUCACAGAUUACCAGAUGGUUCUAUACAUGUUUUCUCGAGGAAUGGUGAUGAAACCACAGGGAAAUUCCCGGAUGUAGUUGACAUAGUUAAGGAGUCUUGUGCCCAUGGAACAGAUACUUUUAUUUUGGACGCAGAGGUGGUUGCAAUUGAUCGGACGAACAAUCUGAAGCUUAUGUCAUUUCAAGAGUUAUCUUCAAGGGAGAGAGGGAGUAAGGAGUCCCUGAUUGCUGUAGAUAAAAUUAAGGUUGAUGUAUGCAUUUUUGUCUUUGAUAUCAUGUUUGCAAAUGGAGAGCAGUUGUUGAAUCUACCCCUUCGUCAAAGGCGUAAAUAUUUGAAGAAUUUAUUUGGCGAAGAAAAACUAGGUUAUUUGGAGUAUGCCAGAGAAAUGACGGUGGAAUCACAUGAUGCUGAUGUAGAGAAUGAGGAUACACUGAAUAGGAUGAAUAAAUUUCUCGACAAUGCCCUUAAUUCAUCGUGUGAAGGCAUUAUGGUUAAAUCCCUUGAUAUUGAUGCUGGUUAUACACCUUCAAAGCGUUUGGAUGCCUGGUUGAAGGUCAAGAGAGAUUACGUUGAAGGACUUUGUGAUUCCUUGGACUUGGUUCCAAUUGGUGCUUGGCAUGGAAAUGGAAGAAAAGCUGGAUGGUUUAGUCCUUUCCUUUUGGCUUGCUACAAUCCUGAUACCGAAGAAUACCAGAGCGUAUGUCGCGUCAUGUCAGGAUUUUCAGAUGCUUUCUACAAAGAGAUGAAAGAAUUUUUCUCGGGGGACAAAAUUCUUUCGAAAAAACCACCGGAUUAUCGAACAUCCGAAGCACCCGACAUGUGGUUUACACCGGAAGUUGUGUGGCAGAUAAGAGGUGCGGAGUUUACUGUGUCGCCAGUACAUCACGCAGCUAUGGGCUUAGUCCAUCCAUCUCGUGGUAUCUCUAUUAGGUUUCCGAGGUUCAUUGGGCCUGUGGCAGACCGCAAGCCCGAUGAGUGCAGCACAGCAGCAGAUGUGGCCCACAUGUUUAGUUUGCAGACUAGGAAAAUGAAGGUGAAAAUAAAUGAUUGAGGAUGAGAUGUUUGCUCUGCGGUGAUGGUGAUCUUUUGCGUACUUCUUUUGCGGGGUUGCGUAAGAAAAUUGUGCAGUGAAAAUUGAAAUCAUGUAUUUUGCCUUUUUUGUGUGUAGAUGUCAAAAGGAUCUACUUUAGUGUAUAUGUCAACAGUACGUUUUAUUUUCGGGGACGAUUAGAAUCAAGUCUCUUGAGGAGCACGUUCCCUCGUUCCAAAUCCAUUGCGCCACGAGAAAUUGCAGCUUUUCUACAGUAAUGGCCCUAAGUUUUUAAGUUCCGUAUUUAAUAAUUAUUUAUAUAUAAGGGA